CGCAGCCGAGCGCCCAGGCUGUGGUCCCCGGGCGGGAUCCCGGGUUCCCCGCCUUCCCCGGCACCCGGGCGGGCCAUGCUCCGGGGCUAGAGCGUAGCCGCCGGCAUGCUGCUUCCGCUGCUGCUCGCCGCGCUCUGCCUCGCCGCCCGCCCGGCGCCCGCGCACGCCUGCCAGCUGCCCUCGGAGUGGCGACCCCUGAGCGAGGGCUGCCGCGCAGAGCUGGCCGAGACCAUCGUGUAUGCCAAGGUUCUGGCGCUGCACCCCGAGGUGCCGGGCCUCUACAACUACCUGCCUUGGCAGUACCAAACUGGAGAGGGAGGGCUCUUCUAUUCUGCCGAGGUGGAGAUGCUGUGUGACCAGGCGUGGGGCAGCAUGCUGGAGGUGCCUGCCGGCUCCCGGCUCAAUCUUACGGGUCUGGGCUACUUCUCCUGUCACUCCCACACGGUGGUCCAGGACUACUCUUAUUUCUUCUUUGUCAGGAUGGAUGAAAAUUACAAUCUCUUGCCCCAUGGAGUCAAUUUCCAAGAUGCCAUCUUUCCAGACACACAAGAAAACAGAAGGAUGUUUUCCAGCCUCUUCCAGUUUGCUAACUGUUCCCAAGGGCAGCAGCUGAUGACCUUCUCGAGUGACUGGGAGAUCCAGGAGGACAACAGGCUCAUGUGCUCCUCGGUGCAGAAGGCCCUGUUUGAGGAGGAGGACCACGUCAAGAAGCUGCAGCAGAAGGUGGCCACCCUGGAGAAGCGCAACAGGCAACUCCGUGAGCGGGUGAAGAAGGUCAAGAGGUCUCUGAGGCAGGCGCGGAAGAACAGCCGCCACCUGGAGCUGGUGAACCAAAAACUCAAUGAGAAGCUGGUGGGCGCAGGUGUUCAACAACACAUCAAUGCCCUGGGCCGGGAGCCCGCGCGCGCCCCCUACCUGCACGGGUAGCAGGUGCAGGCGGAUGCCGGCCUGCCUUGCCCGUCCCAGCGGAGUGAAUAAAAGCGGGUUCUGUAACAUGCA